CUUGGGCUUGAAUCCCAUCCUAAUGCCUCCUUGGAAGAGCGAUGACAGCAGCUGGGGGCCUCUUAGAAACCCUCCCACGGUUUCUAACUUGUUCUGUUUCCCUUAUCGCUUCAGCACACCCUUCCCCUUUGAGAUUUCUGCUCUUGCCUCCUGUCCUUCGGCAGGAAGGACGUUUAGCAACUUCUACUCACGUGCCCAGAGGGCAACCACACCGAGGGGACCUCUUGUUUGAACCCAAGGCUGGGAGAGCGUGGGCACGGGGCUGCCGGCGGGGUGUUGCAAGAGGUCUGUCUUAGACACCUCCCCAGGGAACACCGGCCCACAAAUUUCAAGCUCAGGAUUAAAUAGACGGAGGAGGGGAAGGAACCAUGUUCCAGGCCACGGGACCUGCCAGCCCACCCCCAACUCACGAGGCAAAGAACAACUCAGGAGGCAGCACGGUGCAGCGCUCCAAGUCCUUCAGCCUGAAGGCGCAGGUGAAGGAGAUGUGCACCGCCUGCCAGAAAACCGUCUACCCCAUGGAGCGGCUGGUGGCGGAUAAAUUUGUCUUCCACAACGCCUGCUUCUGCUGCAAGCACUGCCACACCAAGCUCAGCCUGGGCAGCUACGCGGCGCUCCACGGGGAAUUCUACUGCAAGCCCCACUUCCAGCAGCUCUUCAAGAGUAAAGGCAACUACGACGAGGGCUUCGGGCGCAAGCAGCACAAGGAGCUGUGGGUGCACAAGGAGGUGGAGAGCGGGACCAAGUCGGCGUGAGCGGGGCCAGUCCCACCACCCCCCUUUUCCCCGGAGCCCAGCAGAGACGGCACGGAGCGGCGCUGAGCCGGGGGCUAACUGAGCUGAUGUAAAGCAAAGGGGACCCAGGGGGCUGUGGGGAGGGGAAGGGAGGCAGCCCAGCCCUCUUUGGAGGAUGCUUAGGGGGGAGCCAGGGUAGAGGAGACUGGGGUAGACCCCCAAGACCUGGAGUUUUCUCGCCACAGGUCCCUCUCCCCCAUGAAAUCAGAUCAGAAGCACUUGCCCCACGGGACCCCCAGCCCCGUUCACUCGUUUCAGGCCUGUCACCAUGGAAAAGGAGAUGACCCAGGGGCUUUCCCCACCCUGUACCAGCUCCUGCCACACCAAUCCUGCCUUGCUGGGGCUCCGAGUAAGGAGGGUCCUUGGUUUACAUCAGCUCAGUUCAGCUGGGAUUGUUCAGCCUUAAGGAUGCUGCCCUGCGACUGUUUAACAGUGUCUGUCUUUUUUAUAUUUGCCUUUAAUUGGUACGUUCUGCGCUGGAGCCUGGCACGGCAGCUUCACGCGUGACACUGCGCCAGGCGCUCUUUUAUUUUUGUAAUACAAGGUUUCCAAGCCUUC